AUGUCUGCUGCUACAAAUACUGCUACUACACCCAUUGAUUUCGAAGAUUCCUUGUUUGAAUCUCACGAAAUGAUCAAUGAAACAAUGAUUGAACCAAGAAAAAACGAAGUUGCUGCAGCUGCCGCCGCUCCCGUAGCUACUACUGCUCUGGCUGCUCCAGUUUUAUCAGAGGUUGAUCAGAAAAAGGACGUUGCAUCGCCUUUUCAAAUCCACUCGAGUGUAUUGGAAUCUGUUUUCAGUACAAACUUGGAUGGAAACGAUGCAUUAAUAGAUCAUACUCCUAUGUUUGAUGAAUUGGAUUUCAUCAUGGAUGGUGCCAAGGUUAAUUCCAAGGAGGAUUGGGUUGCUCUCUUUGGAGGCACCGAUGAAGAACCAGCCAUGUUUUCCACUGAAGGUGAAGGUGAAGGUGAAUGUGGAAAUGAAGGUGGUGAAUUUGGUCCAAUUCUUUCCUUGGAUGAUGCUGGUAUCCAUGGUGCUAACGGUACUGAUGGCGCUGUUGAUGACGACUCAAUUGUCCCUCAUGAUGAAGUAUUGGAGGCUUUGUUGAUUGAGGCAUCACCAAAUGGAUUAUCAGAUGAUACCAUUUCCGCAGCUACUACUUCAGCAUCGAGUCCUGAUUUAAUCAGCACUGUUGCUACUAGUGUUGCUGCUUCAACUUCACACAAGAGGCCAUUUGGAGAAGUUGACUCUGUUGGAACUGCCACUGGUGCUGGUGCUGCAAAGAGACACCACCAGUCACAGUUGUUUACUCCUAACCCAUCAUCUACUUUACCAACACCUCAAUUGGAUAUGAAGAAACCUAGCUCCACCUCUUCUUCAAAGAAGGUUAAAGUUGAUCAUUUGGGAUGCGUCACUUAUUCCAAAAAGCAAAGAUCACAAACUUUGGAACCAAUUUCUUUUGAAGGUAUUGAGGAUUCUGCUGCUUUGAAACGAGCCAAGAAUACUGAAGCAGCAAGAAGAUCAAGGGCGAGAAAGAUGGAAAGAAUGACACAAUUGGAGGAUAGAGUUGAAGAAUUGUUGGGUGAGAAUUCCAAAUUAAGUGAUGAAGUUGCUAGAUUAAAGGCGAUACUAGGAGCUAAUGGAAUUGCUCAUUAA